ACUUACUCGAGCUUUAAAAAUGGCCCGAAAUGCGGAAAAGGCUAUGACGGCGCUAGCACGAUGGCGAAGAAUGAAGGAGGAAGAGGAGAGGGGUCCUAUUGCCAGAAGACCCCACGAUGUGAAAGAUUGCAGGAAUUUGUCAGAUGCUGAGCGAUUCAGACGAGAGAUUGUGCGAGAUGCUUCGAAAAAGAUCACAGCUAUCCAAAAUCCUGGUCUCGGUGAAUUCAAGCUUCGGGACUUGAAUGACGAAGUUAAUCGACUGAUAAAACUGAAACAUGCUUGGGAACAACGUAUUCGAGAGUUGGGUGGUACGGACUAUCGAAAGUAUGCACAAAAAGAACUCGAUGCAAUAGGGAGGGAAACGGGCAAUUCCCGAGGUUACAAAUAUUUUGGAGCUGCAAAAGAUCUUCCCGGUGUACGCGAACUAUUCGAAAAAAGCACAGAAGGUGAAGAACAACGACGCCAUCGUGCUGAUUUAUUGAGAAAUAUCGACGCUCACUAUUUUGGUUACUUGGAUGACGAAGAUGGUCGCUUAAUUCCUUUGGAAAAACUAAUUGAAGAGAAAAACAUUGAACGAAUCAAUAAGGAGUUUGCCGAGAAACAAGCUCAAAAGCAACAAACUGCUUCCGAUGCAGCACCUGAAAAUAUCUAUAAGGUCGAAGAAGACGAUGACGACGACCUGGAAACUCAAGAGUCUACAGUCAUCGGAGAGGAUGGACGACCAAUGACUAUUCGUCAUGUUCUACUGCCAACUCAACAAGACAUUGAAGAAAUGCUUUUGGAACAAAAGAAGCAAGAACUCAUGGCUAAGUAUCUGGAUUGAUUCCUUGUUUAAUUUAUUUUCUUUAAAUUUUUCAUCUCAAAUUAUGAAUUUUCGGUUU